CCUGGCACCCACACCACGCCGCGCUUCCCCGCUGAUCUUCGUCCCCCUCGCGCGCCUGUCUUCUUCGUCCCCCGUCCCCUCAGACUCGGUUGUCUUCCAUCAGUACCUCCUGACGUGCCACUGUAAAAUUGGUAGCUUCAAACAGUAACAGGACCGAAUGGAUGUAUGUCAUAUACUCAUAUUGUAUGACACGUCCAGUACGUUCUUGAUCUUUGGUUGACUGAGGAAUCACUUAAUUUGUGCUCAGUAGAUGGAGAGGGGUCUGAAAUCCAAGGCGCACUGGGAUUCAUUCGGGCACAAAGUGUUCUGCGAGAUCUGCAAGGAGGAGGUCGGCGCCGGGAACAGGCCCGUGUCGUAUUUGAAUAAGACGGGAUACAAGAAUCUCCAGCACAAGUUCUUGGCUAGGACAGGGAGAAGUUAUGAGAGGAAGCAGUUCAAAAACCGGUGGGAGUCCUUGAAGAAAGAAUAUGCUCAUUGGGUGGCCUUUACACAGGCUGCAACUGGGCAGCGGUGGCAUAGCGCGUCGGGAACGGUAGAUGCCGACAAUGAAUGGUGGGUGAAGCUCACAGAGGCCCACCCAGAAUUUGUAAAGUUCCGGAAUGGACCACCAGAAAACCUUGCUGAGCUUGCCGCCAUGUUUGACGAGACUCAUGUGACAGUUUCAUCUUCCGCCAUCCCGGGUGAGCAUAUAGAAGACCCCACUGAUCUCGUUGAUGUUGAGGAUGGCAACGGCUAUCUAGAAUGCUACAAUGACCUGGAAUGCAACAAUGAUCUGGAAUAUAUCAAGGCAUCUGACCAGAAAGCAAAGGGAGCUGAAAAGAGGAGGGCUGCUGCCAUUGCUGCUAGUCCAAAGAAGAAAUCAAAGAAACAAAAGAACCCGCCGGAUCAGGAGUUCAGGCAUGUGACCAACAUAAUGGCUGGUAGCACUUCGGGAACAUCUUCUAGUGAUGUUCCAAGAGGUCAUGGGAUUAAAGAUGUCAUCAAGUUGGCUGUGCAAUCUGGGGCGAAAGAAUGCAGCGAUCUGUUCUUCACGGCCACCAAGCUGUUCAUGAAUGUGGACUAUAGGGAGAUGUUCAGUGCUUUGGAGACCAAUGAAGGAAGGCUCGAUUGGCUGAACAGAAUGCAUGAAGAGAUGAAGAAGAAAUAAUGUAUUUGCUUCCCUGGCCGCAAGAGAUAGGUGGAGUGAACUACCAAUCUUUUUCCGACAUGCGAGGAGAAGACUCAUUUCUCCACUUACAGAAUUACAGUAGAAGUGAGAGUGAGGCUUGAAUCUGGGUGUGUUGUUCUCAACCCUGUAUACCCACUGCUAAUAUUCUAGGAGGGUUCUUGUGUGAAGUACUAAUCUCAUAUCAUUAUGAACUCGUUUCUUGUGAUGUUGUUAUGUCAAUGGAUGAUAGAAAUAUUUCAUGGUUUACAGUAUACUAACCUUUCUAUGUUCUCUAAGUACAGAAGAAAUGAGGAAAACAAAUUUAAGCA